UACUCCGCAUUCCUUCAGUGUUUUCUUUUUUCGACGCCUUCUCAGCAUUUCUCACGAACUGAGUUUCGGAAUGCAAUCGUUUCACCUGUGCCGUCUUUUGUGUUCGUUUUGUUGAUGGGCCGGUUCGGCAAAAUGGCACAUUAUCGUGACGUAACCAGUUUCUGCGCUUCCCUAGGGGCAGACGUACACAGACGGACUUACCUUCGCGCCAUUCGGGCUUCGUCGAACAAUUGGGCCCAAACAUGGCCAGCUGCAAGCGCCGGCUGUCAUGCCCGCAGACAGUGCAGCACCUGUGGGACGCCAUAGACUCUAUACGGCAGCAGAAGCAGGUGAGCAACUUGGACCGUGUGGCAAAUUACAUGCGCCGCAAGCACCAGCUGAGUGAAGCUGACACAGAACGCCAGCUUGGUUUCGCCGUAAGAGAUGGCCUGGUGGUCUCCAAGAAGAAGGUUGGCUCCAAAGGUUCUAAAGUGGGCGUUGAGCAGGAGGCCUUCCAGCUCCCUAAUGAACCUGCGGAGAGGGAUGGUCACGACUGGUACUGCUUUGAGUGCCACAGAGGUGGCGAAGUGCUUCUGUGUAGCACGUGUCACCGAGUGUACCAUGUGGUGUGUGUCAAGGAAGACCUCUCCAAUGAAGACAAGUUCGUUUGCACAGUCUGCUGCCAACUGAAGGAACGGGAGCAACUGAAGCUAAAAGUGGAUGACAUGAACCUCCUCCUCAGCUACACAUGUCUGCGGCUGAAAGACAAGAUUGCCCCUCAAAGCCCUCAUCUGCCACGGCAGGCCCAGACGAAAGACCUGCAUCGACUGCUGUUGUCUGAAGGGGAUGCUUGGAAGCAGGGCUAUCUUAUCUACCAGAAAAUGGACCUCAUCACUAUGGAAGAGAAAACGCGAAACAGCGAGUAUACGAGCCUGGAGGAGUUCCAUGCUGAUGCCCAGACCAUUGUGCACAAUGUUGUCAUCUUUUAUGGCAUACACAGUUGCAUGGCCGACAUGGCCCGACAGAUGUUGCGAGACUGCAGCUACGAUUUGAAUGAAAUUCGUCAGUGCAGUGCCUGUUACCGCAUGUCAAACGAGAAGCGCGACAAGUACUGGUUCUGUCAGCCAUGUGACCCGCCACACGAUCUCGUCUUUGCCAAGCAGAAAGGUUUUCCCUACUGGCCAGCCAAGGUCAUACGUGCCGACGACCAGGGUUACGACGUCCGCUUCUUCGGUGGCUACCACCAGAGGGCUCUUGUCGAGAAGGGAAGCAUCAAGCCAAUCACGACGAGCCUGAAGGUGAUUGCAGCCAAGCGUACACCUGCCCUCAACAAAGCUCUGGAUGAGCUGCGCAGGCACCAGCAGCUCCUCGAGCAGCAGCGGAGAGGCGGCAGCGGCCGCCCAAGUGAGGGCACAACGGCGACCGGUGUUCCGCGAAAGAGGGGCAGACCUCCACGUGUUGUGCAGCCUUCUCUGCCUCCUCCGCCUGCCACCACUCGUUCGGCUUCUGGUGACGAGGAGGAAGAGGACGACAAUAAUGAGGAGGAGCAGGAGGAGUCUGAGGAGUCUUCUGAGGAGGAAACACCGUCUUCGUCCUUGCCCACAAAGAGGCUUCGGCUGAAGGAGGAAUCCUCAUCAGAGGACCACAAUGUCGUGUCAUCAUCCUGUCAAGAAUCGCCCAGCAGUAGGGUUUCCACAUCAACGCAAACACACCGAAAGAUGCUUGCUGGAGUAAACAAGGCACCAAGCUUGGAAGAAGCUCCAGCAAAGUGUGACUGCGACACCAAGUAUCGGCAAGCGUUCAGAGAACAUAGGGAAAAGCUGGAGGCCAAGUACCGAGAAGAAAAGGAGCACCUCGUGCAGCAGAUCCGAGAAGAGGUCCAAAAACAGUGUGAAGCAGAAAAGUUGAAGGAAGUCAGUGCAGUGCUGGAGCGCAUGCGGACAGACUUGGAGCAGCACAAGGUUCGAGACAAAGAGGCUCGCGAACAGGAAAUUGCGAAGUUGCAGGAACGCCACCGGCAGGAAAUUUCUGAAACAAAGAAAAAGCAGUGGUGUUACAACUGUGAAGCUGAAGCAAUCUACCACUGCUGUUGGAACACAUUAUACUGCAGUGUAGAAUGCCAGCAAGUUCAUUGGCACAAAGAACACAAGCGCUCCUGCCGACGCAAGCAGUGAUUGUACAGCAGUCAUCAUCGUUCCUUCUUCGCCAUUUGUGAAUUGUGCACUGGGACCGCUUCACUACCAUCAGAGACCAUCUUCUCAUAUUUUCCUCGGGGGAAAAAAAAAAUUGUUUUUAAGCCAUCCUUCAGAUAAUUCUACUGCUGGAGUUGUAAAGAAUGUCCUACCUGCAAUUUUAUUUCAAUAAGUGCAAUACAGAAUUGGAUGGCAAUGUAAGUGUGGCUUAUUAUUGCACCUCAUCGCAGGUUUUGUUAGUAAAGUUCGGGAUGUGGCGAGAUUUCGCCACUGGAAGGGGUUCAGAUGCCAGCUGAGCCUUUGUUGCUAGGCGUAGGCCACACGCGAGCGUUGAAGGUUCUCAUGCAAUGGAGAAGGCAGUGUUUUCACUGUCGUUGCACCAUUCUUCAUCUGGUGGCAACACUAUGUGAAAGCGGUUGUUAAUGACAAACAUUGACAAAGAUCAAGCAUAGCUUUAAGGCUCGUUCACACCGAAGGCGGCAAGCGACGAGGCGGCAACGCGGGAAAAACCUCCUCACCAGGUGGCGAAAGCGGGAGAAAAACCACGCGGCAAGGCCGAUCGCUCUCGGAGCAAUUUUUCGCCGCCUGCCGAGGCUCGCCGCUUUGCCGCAGCCAAUCGGAACGCCACGCAGCGGAAGCGCGGUGGUGGUGCGGGUGUACGUUUGGGAGAAGCACAGACACGUCAUAGCGGCAUAUGCACAAAAUCGUGAGAUGCCCGCCUUCUCUGCCGCGCGGCCAGACGAAGAAGGCAUCCGGUCUGAACAGGUUCACGCACUCGCCACCUCGCCGCUUCGGAAAUCCCGCUUUGCCGCGCCGCCUUCGGUGUGAAUGAAGCUUUAGAGUGUAGAUUCAUACCAACCUUGUCCGGCCAUUUUGAGACCUCCGAGUACAUAUCUAACCUGUACAUAGAUACUGGUCUGGCGAGUUUUGAUCGUGACAUUUACACUCUUCACGCACACAGAUGUACGACCGUCUAAAACCAUUUUGUUGCUUUUUCUUCUUUUUGUGCAGAGGAUUUUCUUUACUGGUGACAUUUUCUUGCUGUAUUUUGCAAUCCUGUAUAUAUCAAUUCAUGCUGAGGCAAGUAGUGAGUUAUGCAAGGCUCAAGUUAUUGUGAGUGAGCAAUUGGAAGAUUGCCAAACAUUAGUGGCAUCGUGAAUAACUUGAGGUGUAAUGUCAGUUUUUUCUAACUGGAAAACAAAUUAUUUCACUCUGUGAAUUGGUGCGUUUACUACACUGUUGGUAUGCAUGUAAGGCCACCAUAAAUGUAACCUAAAAGAAAGGAUCUGUUUCGUCAAAGUAUUGAGGAAAUGUUAGACUUAAACUGAUAGUGUAAAAAACAGAUAACAAGCAAAACAAACAGCUGAAAGCUAGUAAGAAGCUGAUGACAGACGGAUACACUUUUAGAACUUUAUUUCUUUAGUUUUUAUUUGGCUUCAUUGAAUCCUGGUGCCAAGCUGUCACCUAUGUAUUGAGAGUAGCCUGUGCAGUCUUGCAGAGACUAAAAUCAAGCUUUCAUCAUUCGGUCAUGUUACAUCUGUUCUUUCCAUUUGUGGUAAACUGGGUUAUAUACUGUAUGCUGCAGUUUCGGUAUAGUGCCGAAGAAAAGGCACUCUGUAAGGCAAGGUCAGUCUCGUAUAUUGUGCGAGUAAGUGGUUUCUGAAUAAAAUUGACAAAGCUAUGACGUAAGGC